UUGAAAGCACUUAAGAAGCAGUGAUCCGAGAAAGUGGUUACUGAUUUGGAAAGCACUUAUUGACAAGCAUAAAGUAAAAUGCAGUAGAAUUCAGAAACAGGAGCUUCUGCUUUUUUUACAAUCAUAUGUAUGCCAAGUAAUAUAUCAGAGAGAUGCUCAACACAAAUCCAGCCACAGGAAUUUUUUUUUGCCAAAAUUUAAGCGCGAAAUAGAAUAUGUCGUUUUUGUGUGGUUAUCCGGCUUAUUACGGAGGGAGUAGGAUUCUCCCCCCUCUAUUCUCAUCCUCUUCCCUCUCCUCCUCUCACACUUUAUUUUUUUUAUCUUUUUGUCCCUAUAAAAAAAAUCGAUAUAAGAUGUUGAUGUGGCUGAAUUGUAACCAUUCAAGUAUGAGGGGAGAGAAGGAUACUCCUCCAUUAUGAGUACAGAUCAAAUGCAUGCGUGCUACUAUUCGGCUUGGACAGAACCAAGUGUCUCUGAUUGGUGCAUGUUUGUGUUAAGUUAGUGGCUAUGUAUCUGGGUUUGUCAACGAGCUCUGGGAUCACAUAAUUUUUCCUUACUUUCUGUGUGUGCUUUUAGAUGAUGGUGGGUGGUAGGGAUUUUUGUAUUACUUAAUCCAGUUAAUUGAGAUAUUAUGCUUAAAGCCUUUAAAGCAUAGUUAUUCAAGCCCAUUUUGCCCUUCAGGCGCGGGAUUAUGUGAUCAGCCAGUCGAUCCACUGGUCGCCUAGAAGUAUCCCCGCUUUUGAAGUAUUUCGUGUAACUAUUAGUACUCUUAAAUUAGUUAUUGAAGAAUUUAGUUUUUGGGUGGAAGAUUGCACAAGGUAGGCCAAUUAACGGUAACUCAACACUAGACUGACAAUGUUGUUGGCCAAAUCCUACUUUGAUUCUGCUUUUGCCCCACCCUAUAAAAAUCAAUGUAAUAAAGUAGAUAACUAGGUGCUUUGGGAUUAAUUAAAAUGGUUAGGCUUACAUUAACUCCACACGGUAGAUGAUAAGAUGUAGAUUUAUUUUCUCUAGAAAAGGGCUAGUAGCUUCGCCACCGAGUUCAUCCUUUUGGGAAUUGUGAAGACUUACAUAAGCAUUUCGGCAUUUUAUGACCAUCAUCAUGUGAUUCACCAACUCUAAGAAUCGAAUUCAGGAUUUGGAUCUUAUAUGGAUCCUUAUUGUGAGGAUUGUAGGGAUCUUUACAUCUAUCUGUUCAUCGUGUGUGGUCAAAAAUUAUUUUAAAUUUUUUAUUUAAAAUUAUACAAACAGUAUCUAAUGAAAGCUGACCCCACAAAAAAAAUUCGGAGAAGAUCUUCAUCCCGAAUUCAGGAUAAGAUAUAGAUUUAAAACAAAGGAAAACUGGUGAUCUUUAAAAUCCUUGCAACCAAACAAAGUUUAAAAAAUGUAAACAACAAUAAAGAGACUACAUAGGUAAUAAAAAAAGACGGAAAGUAGUAGAAGAAGAUAAAGGAAAAGUAGGCAUGUGACCGCUUAUUUUUUUCCUUUGUUACUUUAACUUAAUUUAAACUACGAGAUGGAAGAUUUGAAUUUAAAAAGAAAAAGAAAAUACAUGUGUUCUAGUCAAUGUCGAGUUAGGAGAGAUUCUGGGCAGGAGUGCCUACUUUUGGCCAUGCGAGCACUUCUAUUUUCCUUUUAUGCAAACAAAUAUUUUACUACGAACUAUUCUAAGUUACGAGAAAAAAGAUUUAAAUUCGAAUGCACAAGAGAAGCAUAUCCAUUCUAGCCAACAUGAUUACGUCCAUUUCUACGUUUGCUUGCGGUGUUUUUAUUUAAUCUCCAACAAAGUAAAAAGCCUUGUGAGUUCCCUCUAUAUUAGCUCUCACAAUCAUCCAAACCUACCCAUCUCUAUCCCUACAGACAUGGCAAGACUCGGAGAUAUAUUCCUUUCCUUUCUAGUCCUUUUCUUCAAUGUUUGUUCCAUUGGCACGGCAUACUCUGCCGGCGCCGCCAUUGCCAGACACUCAAGCUCCACAGAUUUCAUCAAAGCAUCAUGCAGAACCACCCAGUACCCUGCCCUCUGUGUCCAAAGCCUUGCAGCCUACGCAAGUGCAAUAAGGCAAAGUGAAAGGCAACUAGCUCAAACUGCCUUGACAGUGAGCCUAGCCCGGGUGCGGUCAGCCACGUCUUUUGUGACAAAGCUGACUAGGGUUAGGGGGAUCAAGCCUAGGGAGUACAGAGCUGUAAAGGACUGCAUAGAAAACAUGGGGGAUAGCGUCGACCGGCUCGGUCAAUCGGUCCGGGAACUAGGGCAUAUGGGGAGAGCGUUUGGGCAGGACUUCAUGUGGCACAUGAGCAAUGUGGAGACAUGGGUUAGUGCUGCACUCACUGAUGAAGGAACUUGCCUUGAUGGAUUUUCUGGUCGUUUUAUGGAUGGGAAUAUAAAGAAUGCUAUAAGAAGAAGGGUCAAUAAUGUUGCUCACGUCACUAGCAAUGCAUUAGCACUUGUUACUCGCUUUGCUGCAAAACACAAGAACUGAUUUUCACAACACUUGUUUUUCUCUUUGCACGUCCCUGUUUAUUUAGCGUUUGGAUUGAAUAAAUCAAACGAGAAUCAAGAGACUGAAACAAUAGAGAUGUGCAGAUGGAGAAAAGGGGUGAGUGAAAAUCGUUUCCUGUAGAGGUUAUAUGUAAAUGUUAAAUGGAAGAACAUCUACCUUGUGUAAUAUAUGGGAUAUUGUUUGUUUUUUCUUUUUCUGUUGGUUAAUUAUAAUCAGUCAUUAGUGAGAACUUUGUUGAGCUCAAAAUGCAAGAACAUAUCCCAUCCAGAUUGCCCUUUU